AUUGUUACCGUAUACAAUGUUAACAUAUCAAAACUCAUUUCGUAAGAGCAAUGCUGUGUUGAAAGGCAACACUAAAGUGCAAAAACAAGACGAUUCUGAUGAAGAGCGCGAGUUAACAAAUCUCAACUGGCUUUUGCGAAACCAAAACUUAACAUGGCCGAAAACAAUUGACACAAUCACCGAGGACGACAUAAAUACAAAUGCGAAUUCGAAAGUAAUGUCACAGGGGAUACAUUUCCGAACUCAAAAUCUAUCGGAGGAGCAAAUUAAACAGAGCUACGAAGAGAGCUCGGUAAAUAAAAAUCCUGUAUCUAAGUCGAAAAUACUUUCUCAAUACAAAAUGCUACCACCGUCACCAUUACCGAAGCGCCCUACUCCAGCAGAACGAUAUGAAAUCUUUAUAAACAAAAUAAAACGAGACUUAUCAGAAUAUGAAAAGUUAGCAUCAAAGUACGAAACAGACGUGACGGAAAAACCACCAUUCAACUACUCACAUAUAAUUGGAAUGGCAAUGCUAGUAAAUGGACGGGUCACUUUGCAACAAAUAUGUGCAUGGAUUGAGUCAAAGUUUGCAUUUUUUCGGGUGCGAAAAAGAUGGAAUAACUCAAUUAGGCACAACUUGUCGCUCCACCACUGCUUUCGUAAUCGAAAACGCGAGGAAAAGGGGAAAGGUGGUUACUGGGAACUGGGAGUAGACCCAAAAAAAUGUGAUAGGAAGCGCAUACGCAAUCGAAAACUGUCACAUAAAAAAUUAAAUCAAACACCUAAAAGAAGUUGGGCGCACUGGAACACCACUAACCCCAAUAUUCAAAACGUUUCGGGCGAAUAUAAUCAACUGGCACCAAUACAGCAUGGGGAAUCUAUUCAAAAUUCUUACAGAAGAAGUUCUAAAAUGCCUCAACCAAAUGCCUUAGUAGAAAUUAAGGGACCGAAGAACCAUGGGUCGUCAUCUUUUACACUGACCGAGUUGGGCUUGUCGUUAUCUACUGGUGUUAGUUCUCAGGUAAACGACAUUUUUACCACCUCAUUUCGGUCUAAUAUGGGACCAAUGACAACGAUUGCUGACGAGGAAAUAUAUCAGCAACAAUAUGAGCUUGGCACAAUUAUUAUUAGCACUACGGAGAUUAUCGACGAGUCAAAUGGUUUAAAUUGCCUUAUAACCGACAAAUUAGGAUGUACUAGCAUGAUAUACAAAGAGGACGAUAUUGCCCCGUUUAAUGAAAGCGUAAACAUUACGUCUAAUAUGACACCAGUUCUUGCUUCCACAUCAGCAAAUUUAAAUGUUCUUGAAGAACAAGAUGGAACUUUAAUAACAUCUGCUAUCUCCAGUCCUGUACAUCCAAGUAGCAUUACUAUUAAUUACGACUACACAAAUUUUCGACCCCUAAUGGAUAGCAUAGAUGAGCCGUUUCAUUACCUCCACAGCACCGCUGAGUUCGGACGUAGCGAUGAUAUUUUAGAUAACCUUCUUGACGUUUGUGUAACACACUAUUAAAAACUAUGCUAAUACGCAACACUUACUCGUAUUAUGAACUAGCAAAACACACGCGACUUCGCCAUAGUGCAUUUUGUAAAUGAUUGUAAAGAAUUAAAGAAAUUGCAACAACUAA